AUGGUUGUAGCUCUAUUACAGUCGGGAUGGUCAGAUCAGCUUGGAAAGUAUCGUACAUUAUCUGACAGAUUGAAUGCUUUACCUAAAGAAAGCAGUGAACUACUAGAAAAUUCCCUCUCAGUUCAGCUUGAUGCAUCUGACUUCAGUUUACAAGAGACAGAAAUUGAAUACAAUUUCGAAUCAGACCCUCUUGGAGACGGUCAACAUAUGACGUCGGCAAUGCACGAACCCAUCUUGGAAUAUCCAGAAGAAACAAGUACGGAUCCCGCCCCUCAGAAAAAGCGCUGUCUCCGCUCUAACUAUGCUACCGACAGUGACGCCGAUGCGACUAGUGAAGUUUCGGUUCCGAUAACUGUUACUCCAGUCUACAAGCGUUACACCGAUGCACAACUCUCUUCCGCCAUCAAAGCCGUAGUGGAGGAAGGAAUUAAACAAGUUGAUGCGUGCAUCAAAUACGGCAUCCCAUUUACCACACUCACCCGAAAAUGGAGCAUUUAUCGAGCAGGUGGCGGCUGCUGCGUCAAAAAAGAAGAAAAGAUCUCGUUCAUCAAAUGUCUGUCAUUGGCAUUGACCAGUUAUAUUUGCAGAAGCCCAUUUUUAAAAUCCAAAAUAUAA